GUCUGUCCUGGUCCAGCCAAGGCAAGGCAUGGUAAGGUGAGGCGCACGCUUUUACCUAAGUGUGAGCCUGUUGAGUCUAGAUAGGGAUCCGUCUAUCUAAACCACUGAUACCGACCGAUACCGACCGAUACGGCGUGGUCGAAUCAAUGGAUCGGGAGUCGGAAUCUGAAUCUGGAUUCUAUUGACGGCAUGGGAACACGCAAACAUCCUGCACACAACUAUCUCGCGCUACGUGCUCUCCAAUGCUGUAGAUCGACCAUCGCCCUUUUCUAUUGUGCCUUUCUGACCAAUCCAUCGAUUCAAGGUUGAUUUGCCGUGUUGUGAUGACACCGGGCUAACCUUGGCAUCUACGACCAACACGCCUCUUCAUGACUCUGCCCACCCGUCGCUGUCGCAUGUCCCUCGUGUGCCAGGCCUUGUCGCUGUCAUAAGUUGUUUUCAUCAUGGUCGGAAAAGUCAGCGAGCGCGUGCUUCUGCGCGAAGGACUGGAGAGGACAGACAAUGGCAUGAAACAGACCAACUGGCCCGACGUUACUCCUAUCAAUCAGAAGAAUUAUUAUACUGAUUACAUGAAACGCGAUGACCAAGUGCUCGCCCUACGAUUGCAAGCUGAAGCCACACGCGACAGACUCGUCCAGUCUGCCAAAGACCGAGAUCGAGCUCUUGCCCGGAAUGGACACGCUGAAGUUCCUCUCCCCGUCGCCGAUAUACAGCCCGAGGAGGCUGUCGCGUCCACGGUUGAUGGGGCAGAUCCCUCCAAAGUCAUCGUCAUCCACCCCGGUAGCCAGAAUCUACGCAUAGGCUUCGCCAGCGACGCCUUGCCAAAGACCAUACCUAUGACCGUAGCCGCCAAGUUCCCACAGACCGAGUCUGAGAUGCACGAGGCCCUACCUAGACGGCAGUUUGAAGCCAAAACCACUGAUCAACAGUAUGGCGAAGAAUGGUCUAAGAAAUAUCAGAAAAUGUGUAACGAUCUCAAGGUCGAUAUGCGUGCGAACAAGCGCAAGGUGCUUCCCAACUCCAAGGAACUUGUAGUUAAUUACAAUAGGCGGACCGAACCAGAGAAAAUACCCAAACACAAUGACCCCCAGGAGAUCGACUGGACUGAUGUGAAUAGCCUUGAGGAUCCAGAUUCGGCUGCCUCAUGUUUUAUCGGGAAUGCAGCCCAGCGCAUCCCGGACGAUUCAGACCCCAAAUUCAAACUCUGGUGGCCCAUACAACACGGUGUUCUCAACGAGGAUGAUUAUACCACUGCCGAGCACCUCUAUGACGACUUUGAAACUCUUUUAGAUAAAGCUAUAAGGCAAGAGCUAGGAUUGACGAGCACUUCUUCAUGGAAAAACUACAGCUGCGUAUUUGUCAUACCGGAUUUAUAUGACAAGAGAUACGUCGAACAAGUCCUCAAAUCUUGCAUGAUUUGGUUCGAGUUUAGCAGGAUAUGCUUUAUACAGGAGAGCAUGGCCGCUACUUUUGGAGCUGGUUAUACUCAAGCCUGCGUCGUCGACGUCGGCGCUCAGAAAACCUCCAUCGCUUGUGUCGAGGACGGCUUGUGUAUCGAAGACUCGCGCAUAAACCUGAAGUACGGUGGUUAUGAUGUCACGGACACAUUUAUCAAAAUGAUGCUCUAUGAUAAUUUCCCUUAUCAGGAAAUAAAUCUUCGGAGGCGUUACGACUUCCUUCUGGCUGAAGAGCUGAAGAUCAAACAUUGCACCAUGUCGCAAGCCGAUAUAUCUGUGCAAUUAUAUCAGUUUCAUCUUCGCGCCCCCAAUCAACCCACCUACAAAUAUCAGUUCAAGACUUAUGACGAAGUGAUACUGGCCCCCAUGGGAUUUUACGACCCGGCAAUCUUCGAUAACUCGGCAAAACUGCGUGGCCGCCGGAAAUUGAUCGACCGUUCAUACAAUGCUUACGAUGUCGAUGUCCCAGACGACCCAGCGUCCGCUGCCCAGCUAGGCAUCCUAGCCCACAUCAAGCCGUCUCUAGUCUCCAACCCCAAUGGAUUUCAACCGAAUCCGACCGAUCCUAACCUCGCUACUCCUAUGAAAGAGAAGUCUCAGCCAUUCAAUUUCUUGUCUCGUGGGGAUCUCAACGGUACGCCAGGAGGUUCGACCGCCGCAUCUCCUGCUCCAGAAGGCGCCUCCACUCCUAUACCACCCGCCUUCCAGUUUGGUGCAAACGGGAACACUGGCAGCCCGGCACCCAAUGGGCCCACCGCUAUUCGCAACGGAGCCUCGCCUGCACCACCUGCUGGCAUGUUUGUAGACUCGGCGGCUCGCAGUGCGCGUUCAAUAGCCGCGGAGCGUGAUGCCGUUCUCCCUGUCGCCCCGCUCGACAUCGCCAUCCUGACUAGCAUUAACAAUGCCGCUCGAGGCGAUGAUAAGCGGCUGCGCGAUUUCCUGGGCAGCAUCAUGGUGGUUGGCGGGGGUUCUAAAACACCUCUAUUCACACAAACCCUCGAGGAGAAGCUACGCGCCCGCAGGCCUGACCUCUUUGACCGCAUACUAGUCUCUAGGAGUGCGCGCGACAUGGAUGAGCAGGUCGUAGUCUGGAAGGGCGCCUCCGUGUUCACCAAGCUACCCGCCAACGAUAGCUGGAUCACACCUUUCGAGUUUGAGCGAUUAGGCGCUCGUGUGCUGCAUCACAAAGUGCUCUGGGCUUGGUAAAGCAAAAUGGAAUGAUGGCUGCGGUGACUUGGGAAUGUUAGAUUAGGUUGUCAGACUAUAGCGUGCGGUGUUUUUUUCCUCUUAUUUUAUUUCCCUCAAAUGAGGGAGGAGUCGGAGCUAAAUUGGGAACUGAACGAACGCACGUGGACAGAGAAAAGGAUCAUAGAA